AUGGACCCAAGUACUGGAUAUGGGUUCGUCCCAACACAGCGCAAUGACACCUAUGCGGCAAUCGAUCCGUUAAAAUCCAACCUCAGGGGCAAGUAUGUUCUGAUCACAGGCGCUGCCAGGGGCCUUGGUCGAGCAAUGGCGAUAUCAUACGCCAAAGCAGGAGCAUCUGGGAUUGCCAUCCUGGACCUGUUGGACUCGACUCCCGUGGAAAGAGACUUGUUAGAAGCCGCCAAAACAGCUGGACGCUCCGAGCCUAAGCUCAUAUCUCUAGUGGUGGACGUGACUGACGAAAGCUCGGUGGCGAAGGCCGUCAAGAUCGUUCAGUCCGAGUUCGACCGCUUAGACAUCGUGAUCAAUAACGCGGGCUGGAUGGCGGCUUACACACCGAUUGGCGCUUCCGACCCUGUUAAAUGGUGGCGCUGCUGGGAAGUGAAUGUCAAAGGACCCUACCUUAUAGCAAGGGGUUUCUUGCCACUCCUUCUGAAUGGCCGGGAGAAGACUAUUAUCGUGCUCUCAAGUGUUUCGGCUCAUUUCACUCUUCCCGGUGGUUCGGCAUACGAGACCACGAAGUUGGCGGUGUUGAAGAUCAAUAACUAUCUGAUGGCGGAAUAUGGUUCUCAAGGACUUCUUGCCUAUGCUGUUGCGCCAGGAGGAGUCAUGACAGACAUGGCACCCGAUUUCCCCUCACAAUAUCAUGAUCGGUUGACGGACACUCCACAAAUGGUGGCCGAUACGAUCGUCUUUUUAACCAAGGAGCGUAGAGAAUGGCUUGCCUGUAGGUAUGUGGAUUCCAGAUGGGAUAUGGAGGAAUUUUUAGGGAGGAAAGAGGCCAUCAUCAGAGAUGACCUUUUGAAGGUCAGAAUGCAAGUCCGACUCAAUGUUCAAGCAUAUCGAAAGCGCAAAAAGACCGGAAAGAAAGUUGACGAAGGUGACUUACGAUGGGUACCAAACACCAGGUGGCAAAAUACAUAUCAGCAUCAGACAUCAAUCCGCCAGUCGUCAUCAAACUCGCGGGCUGCUUUACCGGGGACAAGGUUACUUACUGUCCCAGUCCGAGCUCAUGUUGCAGGCAAGACAACCCUCACUCAUGGAGACGUAUUCGCAACACCAAGGUUGUCGAAUCCAGCUAGAGCUUAUACGUCGGCGCUUCUUGCCACGUUUCCAGAACGCUUCCUGCCCACACAAGUUUCACUACCAGAAACGGAUGAUGUCGAUGCCCUUCGCACCCCUUGCGCUCUGUGGAUCACUACAGCUGUGAAGCAAGCGCGCGAACCUGACUCGGGAGCCCUCAACGACAUUCUUCACUCUAUUGUAUUGGCGAUAAUUGGGCUGGAACGGGACGGCGUCGACAAUGCCCUUUACGCACGUCAGCUAUAUUUGAGGAGUCUGACCAAGAUAAGAGGGGAAUUAGCUGCCAUUAUCAAGAGAGAUCAGCACGUCAAGGAGGGAAGAAUGCUCAAUCUCUUCCUAUCCUGCCAUGCCGCUACAGUAUACGAACUACUCGUGAACGGAUCGAUGCCUGACAUGUUAAGGCACGUGUUAGGAAUCGGCUUCCUCAUUGAGCAUCUAUAUGGUCUCCCACAAUUCCCCAGACUUCUAGGUCACUGUCUGCUAGAGGAGUACCGCACUCUGGAGAUCCAGUUUUGCCUUUUGGAACGUCGACUUUCGACCGCCAAUCGCCUGAGAAGCAUGGAACGAAGUGGGAGAAUGACCAAAUCUCCAUCAGGUGUCGCAAGCUCAGGUGGAAUCAUCGGUGGAACUCGAUCAUUGCAAAGGUCAGAUAUCAGCUCGAGGAGCCCAGCUUGCCGCCGAGCAUUCUUCACAUUUUCUAGCCCGCGAACUCCUUCCGAUUCUGCCCAUCAUGUCGACGUGGCCCGUGCGAUCCAUUAUGACUACGCCAUAUGCUACCUUUUUAGCCUGUCUUUUGACCUGCGCGCUCUUGAGACGUGGAUCGAUGCUGCCGCUGCCCUCGAUAGUCGUGGGGAUGAGCGGCCCCCUUCAAUCUCUAGGCACUUAGCCGAAGCCAUAUCCCUACGCACCCAGCUGCUGGGCAUCGCCGGCGGCAUUUUGGAAUUACUGCCUUUCUUUUUGCAGGACGACAAAGGUAUCAUUGGACGUUCAAUGCCCAUCUGGCCACUGGAGAUUGCCUGGUCGAUGCUUGAGAGAGAAAGCGAUCGGUCAACCAGGGAGGAUGAGACAUAUGAAUCACAUCUCUCUUGUGAGUUGAAGCAUCAAGUAAAUCAGAACAAUAAAUCAGUGGCAAAGUAUUUCACGCACUGUGAAAGGAUUGCGCGGAAAAUCCGCGCGUAUGGACUUUCACUGGUUGUGGAGAGACCAGUGGUCCAAGAGAGUCAUGAAGAAGAGGCAAGAGACAAGUCGGAUUGGUAA